AUGAAUUAUGCGGAGAAGCAAAGCAACAAGCCGAUUCUGGAAAAUCGUAGCAAAUUUCUGCUCGCUCAUUCUAGCAGCGGUUUCAAACAUGCACUAAAGGAAGUGCUGGUAGAUCCGAGUGUUGCAAGUGCUCUCGCUGAUACAAAAGCACAGGCAGAAGUGAAGGCACUGAACACAUUCUACGAUUUAAUGGCCAAUGAUGCAGCACGUGCCUUCUACGGCUACAAGCAUGUAGUGAUGGCCAACGAACACAUGGCCAUCGAGACGUUGCUCCUCUCCGACUCACUCUUCCGAUCCAGUGAUGUUCAGAUGAGGAAGAAAUAUGUAGAACUUGCUGACUCCGUGAAGGCCCAGGCAAGUUGCUUUUUCACUAACACUCACCACUCAAACUCCUGCACCGGUGCAAAUGUAUUGAUAUUCUCAUCGAUGCACGUAUCUGGCGAGCAGCUUAGCGCAUUGAGCGGUGUAGCGGCGAUUUUGAGAUUCCCACUGCACGAACUGGAUGAUGAAGAGAUGUCAGACAGCGACGAUGAUCAGGAUGAUCACCAGAACGACCGAAAAUAA